AUGGACCAGCCCUGGAGGGGUUUGCUGGGGUCCCAUGUUGGCCCUUGUUACCCCUUCUCCGGGGGCUCCAUGACCCAGGUGUGGGGAGGCAAAGGUCUGUGGUGGUGUCAGUGUGCGAGCGCAGAGCAGCCUGCCCGGCAGCAUCCCCAGCGACGCAGCCGCAGGCUUGCCGGCAGGAUGGCAUGGCGCUCGCUGGUGCUGCUCCCCUUCCUUCUGACAGCAGUUUCAGCCAACGUAGCCCCAUUUUUCAACAUGACCGUCGUCUACGUGCCUGAGGACCUGGAGCUGGGCCAGUAUGCUUUCCAGCUGAAGGCUUAUGACUUAGACGGGGAUCCGAUCGUCUACAGAAUCAGCGAGACCUUCUACUUCUUUGUUGAUGAACGGACGGGCAACGUGACACUGAAGAACUACCUGGACCGUGAGACCCAACCCAGGCUCACCCUGACCGUCACUGUGACUGACAAUAUCAACGCACCGGUCUCCAGAAAGAUCACAGUCAUCGUGGAGGACCGUAACGACAAUGCCCCAGUCUUCCACAACCUGCCUUAUGAAACCACCAUCCCUGAGAACACGACAGUCAACAGCACCAUCUUCACCGUGUUUGCCAAUGACAGUGACACUGGGGACGCCUCCAAAGUCAGCUACAGCAUCGAGGAGGUGGUCCCAGACAACACGACGAAUUACUGGCUCUUCUCCAUCCUGCCCAAUGGGAACGUGAUACUCAAAGGCUCACUGGACUAUGCCAAGAACACCUUCUACCAGAUCAAGAUCCUGGCCAAGGACGGUGGAGGGAUGCUGCACAAUCAGUGGGUCGUCCAGGAGAGCCCGACCUACCUGUCCCUGGCCAUUCGCGAUGUGCCCAACCUGGACCCACGGUUCCUCAACGAGCCCUACUCCGGCUCUGUGCCCGAGAACUGCGACCUGGGUACCUCUGUGCUGGCUGUCACCGCCAUAGACAGAGACACGGGGGUGAAUGAUGAGAUCUUCUACAGCAUCACCAAUGACAGCGUCCCCUUUGCUAUCAAUUCUACGACGGGCACCAUCACUGUGAGUGAGCCCCUGGACCGUGAGCAGCUGCCAAGCGAGGAGAUACUGCUGGAAGUCAAGGCACGUGAGAAGAACCUGGACAUCUAUGGCAAGGAGGCCCAGACCAGCACCAUAGUGACAAUCCGGGUGACUGAUGUCAAUGACAACAAGCCCCAGUUCUACCACUGCUCCCUCGCCAGCUGCAACUUCUCCACCAGUGUCCAGAACAACUUCAGUGGCAGCAUCAUAGAGCAUUCCUCCUUCAGAUUGCCCGUGUCCAACCUCAGUAUCGUCGCAUACGACCCGGACAAGGACACCAACGGCAGCUUUGAGCUGUACCUGCAGGGUCCAGAUGCCAGCGCCUUCACUGUCUCCCCGUCAAAGAUCGUGGGCACAGGGGAGGUCCAGAUCCUGGUGCAAACCCCAAAUGCUGUGGACUACGAGAUAAGCCAUGUCAUGGUGGUGCAGAUUGUUGCUAAUGACACAGGGAACCCCACAGACUGCUGCUCCACGGCCAAUGUAACCAUCGACCUCAUUGACAGCAACGACCACGUCCCUGACUUCCCUCAGAGCACCUACUUCCUGAGCGUGAUGGAGAACUGCAACGACAGCACCGUCAUCACCCCAAACAUCACGGCCUAUGAUCCCGACAGCGGUGUGCUGGGCCAGAUCACCUACGAGCUGCUCCCGGAGACCAUCCGUAAAAUCUUCACGGUGAAUGCCACGACUGGGGCAGUGCUGGUGCAGAACGGGAGCUUGCUGGACCGGGAGACUCGCUCCAUCUAUUACGCCAACCUCCAGGCCAAGGAUGGGGAUGGCCUGGUGGGCACCACCGUGCUGGAGAUCACUGUGCUGGAUGCCAACGACAUGAGACCCAUGAUCAUCGGCUCCUACUUCAUCUCGGUGGAAGAGGGGCAGAAUGUCAGUAUAGUCAUCCAGGCCAUUGACAAUGAUGAGCCUGGCAACCCAAACAGCCAGUUGGGCUUCAGGAUCUUACCAGGACCGUUUAGUGAAAACUUCACCAUCAACGAGACCACAGGUUUGAUGCACAGCAAGGAGCCACUGGACUGCGAGGCCUUGGACGAGCAGGGGAAGAUGGUGGUGACGGUGGAAGUGUACGACCACGGCGUGCCACAGCUCAGCACCUUGGGGAAUGUCACCAUCACUGUGGGGGACAUAAACGACAACGCACCCGUGUUCCUCAACCAGUCCUAUGAGUUCUCAGUCUUUGAAGACUCUCCAGGGUCCCCUGUGGGUCAUGUGGAGGCCACAGAUGCUGACGGGACAGAGAUCAAUUCCCGCAUUUCCUUCCUAUUUGAGAGGAGCACUGGCUCUAGCAACUUCUUGAUCCGCUCGUUCCGUCUGGGGAUGGGGCACUACAGUGGGAAUCUGUCCGUGGACCCCGACACAUCCCUGGACUAUGACACCAUGCAGCAGAAGUUCUUCUCCUUGAUGGUGGUGGCAGAGAACACAGCCGCAGACCAAGUGGGGGACAGAACCAAUGUCACUGUGGUAGUCCACAUCCUAGAUGUUAAUGACGAGCGCCCUACCAUCCAGCUUCCCUUGCCAGACAACAUACGUGUGAGCGAGAACGGCACACAGCAGGGGCUGGUCUUCACGCUGACCGCCUCCGACCUAGACACCAACCACUCGCUGGUCUUCGAGGAGCUGGCGGUUGCCUGCUCCAAGGAGGGGGUCAGUGCUGGGGAGGUGUGCUGGGACUGGCUCCUGCUGGCACCCAACGGCUCGGUGCUGGUGAACAGCUCGGACAUCGACUACGAGCUGUGCGACACGGUAGAGAUCACGCUGCGGGUUGAAGACCUGUACACCGAGAAGGGCAACCGCUACAGCCAGAACGAAACCCUGAGGAUCCACAUCACUGACGUGAACGACAACGUGCCGGUCUUCCUGCCCAUCUUGGACACCUUUGUGGUUGUCCCCGAAAUCUCUCCUGUGGGCCUGCAAGUGGCUACUGUGAAGGCCACAGACGCUGACUCAGGGAUGGCGGGAACCAUCACCUUCUCCAUUGCCAGUGUGGUAUUUGUGGAGGACAACGGGGCCAACCGGACCUUAGAGAACCUCUUCAAGGUGGACACAACUGAAGACAAGGGCAUCUACACCGGGAGCAUCCAGGUGGCCAGCAACCUCGAUGGCUCAGUUAAGGGGCAAUACCAGGUGAUGGUGGAGGCUCAGGACAACGAACCAGAAGUGCACAAAACACAGAUUGCACUGAACAUCUUCACAGUGGAUCAGAGCUACCGCGUUCGCCUCCAGUUUGUGUCGACGGUGGAUCAAGUCCAGAGUAGUUCCGAAGAGAUCAAAGUGGCCCUAACAACCGCAACCAAGGCAGGGGUCUACGUGGCAGCCAUCCGGAGCGCGGAAGAAACCCGUGCCUCCCGGGUGGAAGCCAAGUCGGUGAUGGAGGCGUACUUUGUCUACAGCAAUGGCACUGCCCUGGACGCCAACCAGCUGAGCGUGAUCAUUCAGUCUGACCCGCAGACCCUGGCUGAGCUGGUGAACCUGGGCCUGGCUAUCAUUGGCCCCGGAGAGGUCGUAAAGCCCAACAGGGAGGCAGAGCUGAUCGGCAUCAUUGCAGGGCUGGCAGCAUUCCUGCUCCUCUUCAUCCUCAUCAUGACCCUGGUCUUGGUUUUCACCACCAAGAGCUACAAGAGAAAGCUGAGUGCCAUGAAGGCUCUGAAGGCGGCCACAACGAUCAGCCCUGCCAUGGUGCAGCAGGGAGCCGGCAUCCCCGGGACCAACCAGUACAAUGCAGAGGGAGCCAACCCCAUGCUGAACGUCUCCAUUGAUCCCUCCCACGACCUGGGCUUCCACGAGGACUCCGUCUCUGUAGCCAGCGUGAAUUCCCUGGAUGAAAACACAGUAAAUGCACCCGGGGACAACAACCUCAAGGACAAGGUGGGCAAAGCGCAGCCGACGGACCACGGUGACGAGGAGGUCCUGGUGGCCGCCCUGAACCAGAAGGAGCCCACCAAAACGGCGUACAUCAACACCACCUUCACCACCACCGACUUGUGA